UUGGAUGACCCUUCAAAAUAUUCUUCCAAGUCGAAGCUCGUUUUUCGAGUCCCAGUUGUCUUGAACGCACUGAAGUAGGACAUUUCCGAGUUCCGAGUUUACAGUUGUUUUGAACGCGGCACACCUUUUUCCCCUGAGACACUCGGGUUACGACAAAAUGGGCGGAAGCAAAUUGGAAGUUUGCUUGAGAUUUCGGGAUGUGAAAAUCAGUCUCGUUUCAUGCUGGCCACCUACUUGGAUUAUUCACGGUUGUCAGAGCUGUGUUUCCUCCUCAGAGGGAACCUUUCCGUAAAGCAGACUUACUUCUAGCGACCAAUCGUAAUGAUGGACCCUCGGGUGUGCCCACCCUCACUCAACAGUAGCCAAUCAGUGAUGAGCAGUUUGGACAAGUCUCCCGCUGGAGUAUCCAAGGUCGGCCACUCGCAGAACGGCAGCGCUGGGUCAUCGCGCAACCCCCGCCAGGUAUACUCCAGGCACUGGGAGGUGUUGGAAGACCAUAUGGACAUGAGUUCGGGGAUCGGGUCAGGGCUGGACAUGAGUGUCCCUGGUAUCUGUGAGGGCUUUCUGAUGAAGAGGAGGAAGUACCCUAUGAAGGGCUGGCACAAGAGGUACUUCCUGUUGGAAAAAGGAAUCCUCAAGUACUCAAAGACACAGCAGGAUAUCCAGAGAGGAAAGCUCCACGGCUCCCUGGAUGUCAGCCUCGCUGUCAUGUCCAUCAACAAAAAGUCCAAGCGCAUCGAUCUGGACAAUGGAGACUAUUUAUACCACCUCAAGACCAAGAACAAUGACUUGUUCUACAUAUGGCUGACCAAGCUGUGUGCCCAUCGUGUCUUCAAGAAGAACGAGGCCCUGGGUGUCCACCACGGAGUCCUCCAUGCCCUCACCAUGGGCAACAGCACGUUGUUGCCAGCCAUGGCCAGUCUAGCCCAGAGAAACCAAACUGCAAUGCCAGGCAUGUACCCUCACUAUGCCAGCUCUGCCUCUGUCUACCAGGCGGAGAUGGAGGUUUCUCCCACAGCAGCCCCAGGGGUCAACGGCAAGGUGGCAGCAUGGCUCCAGCAGACCCACCAGUCCGAUACCUGCUCCCAAGAGCUAGCUCGUUCUCAGGCCGACUUGACUGAGUUGGCCAAGCUCAUUCAGAGGCUCAAUUGGCUGGAGAGUGGCCAGAAACCCAUCUCCAACAGUGACCUAGAGCGACGAAUCAACUUGCAGAAUCUGACACUUAAUAUCCCCAAGGCCAAGAAGGAGAGGAAGACUACGAACAAGCUAUUUGGUCAUUCUCGCACCCAUUCCGGAGUCGAAACCUGCGGCAUGUUUACCUCCAGCCACCUGAGCACAUCGUCCAACCACCUGAGUGUGGAAGCCUCCUCGGUGCCAUCCAUCCCAGACUAUGUGUACUCGCAGCUCUCCAAUCCUCUCAUAACCUCCCCUGAAGCCAAGAAGAUCCAGCAGGACAUUUGUGCUGUGUCCCAAAAGGUUCAUGCGUCUCUCAAAUCUAUCCACGAGGUGCUCGCGCUGGAGCGUGAGCGGGUCCGGCUGGCUUGGACCGGUCCCGACCUACGCUCAUCCACCUCCAAUCAACUGGCCACCCUGUGUAGCACCCUGUCUGAGCUGGAGGUGCAGUCUUGCCAAACCAAAGUUCAUUCCCUGUCCCUUUCCUCUGGAUCCACGGGGGGCUCCAAGGAGUCCUACAGCACUGUGCGUCAGGACCAGACGCCCUCUAAGGGUUGCUCUGUGCAGCGCACCCCCUCGCUGGCCGACUCCAUGGCCGAGUACUAUGACGCCAGAGAUGUCAUCGUCUGUGAGAACUCCGAAAACGGCGACGAGGAGUCUGACGAAUCCGGGCUAAGUGACGUCACCACCACCAGUAACUCUGAGCCAGACGAGGUCCAUGAGGGAGUAUCACCGGACCAACUGCAAACAAAAGCCUCUGCCACCCUGAACUACCGCACCAGCGUGUCCAAAGCCCCGGACAUGGUCAGCACCGUGCCCACCAACACAGGCCGCCGCACCGUCCUGCCCGCCAACUGUGUCGACAACAGCCACAUUGGCAUCAUGACCAUCCUGUACAACAACAUUGGCAAGGACCUGUCACGUGUGUCCAUGCCCUGUGGCCUCAACGAACCUCUGAACCUGCUGCAGAGAGUGAGCGAAGAGCUGGAGUACUCUGAGCUUCUGGACAUCGCCAACCGCACAGAGGACCCCUUCGAAAGGAUGCUGUACAUUGCAGUUUUCUCCAUCUCUGGCUAUGCCUGGGCUACCUGGCGGAACCGCUACAAGCCCUUCAACCCCGUCCUGGGAGAGACUUACGAGAGCCACCGCAAGGAGCGCGGCUUCCGCUACGUCGCUGAGCAGGUCAGCCACCACCCGCCGUGCUCCGCCGUGCACGCAGAGUCUGAGAACUUCACCUUCUGGCAAGACCAGCAAUGGAAGAACAAGUUCUGGGGAAAGUCUUUGGAGAUCAUCUCCUCUGGUCCAGUGAAUGUCAAGUUGCCUAAAUAUGGGGAUCACUAUGAGUGGAACAAGGCGGUGACCUGCGUCCACAACGUCCUGAGUCAGCAGAGGUGGCUGGAGCACUACGGAGAGGUAACCAUCAGAAACACCAAGAGUGACAUCUGCACCUGCAAGAUCUCCUUCGUCAAGUCCCGCUACUGGACCUCAGAGACGAGUAAGAAUGAGGUGCAGGGCCAGGUUCUGAACCAAGCGGGAGAGGUGGUCCACCGGUUCGGUGGGCUAUGGCACGAGGGCAUCUUCUGUGACACCCUGCCUAACCCAAAGUGCAUCUGGAAGCCCAACCCUCAGGCUGAUGACCACUUCCAGUACUAUGGCUUCAGUCGCUACGCCAGGGAGCUCAAUGAGCUGACCCCUGAGCUGAAGAAGGUCCUGCCUCCCUCAGACACCCGCUAUAGGCCAGACCAGAGGAUCCUGGAGGAGGGAGAUGUAGCCGGGGCUGACAGUAAGAAGGAGGAAAUCGAGCAGAAACAGAGGGAGCGACGAAAAGAGCUGGCCAAGAAGGGAGAGGAGCACGUGCCUCGUUUCUUCAGGAAAGAGCUGGAUGCGGCAGGGAAUGAGAGCUGGCUGAGCAACGGAACCUACUGGAAGAUCCGUGAUCAGCCAGGCUUCGCCAACACCAAGAACUUGGAUCUGUGGUGUUGAGUAGACCUGGCAGAGCCUUGUGUCAUUUUGGCUUCAUCAUAGACUAUUACAGCCCAAUGAGACUACUGAACGCAGAUACUAAAGUUCCACUAAGGAAGAAGGGAGUUUUGGCUGCAUGGAUGAUUCAUUCCAGGGUGACUGUCUGCCAUGGAGAGAGGAAAUGUCAACGUGGAGUAGAUGAGGACUACUUCAAGUCUGAUGUUCCCACAUUUGAUGCUGAUCCUCCACACCCCCAGUAACCGCUCUGGUGUCCGCAAAUGUAAACUGACUUGAAAAUAACCUGAUUUUGAAAUUGGUUCAUGCAUUUUUAACUGCCAAGUUUACCACAUUAGUGGUCGGAGAUCCAACAUAGCAUUUUGAAUAAUGUUACCGUGCAUGUUAUAGAGAUGCAUGAUGCUUUUGUCUAUGUAAGAUGUCUAUAUAUUUAAGCACUUAUUGACGUGUAUAUAUAUGCAGAUUUAUUUAAAUCAGUUUGUGAUAUCAAAUGCUCACUCCUAUAAAGGGGAAAUAACCAGGGCAGGGGAUCGUUUUUAAGACUGCUGUGGAUUAAUGGGGUUUUAUGGGUAAGAAGGGCUACCUCUUGCACUCUCGAUGGUCUUACUGUGUUUUUGUAUAUUUAGGUAAUCAUGUCGAGUUGUACUUUACAUCUUGUUUUAAAUGACACAUUGGUAUGUGUCACUGAAUGACUCCCAUCCGUCUCCUUCCUCGCCCCUUUUAAAGAGAACAGGGGUCGUUUUCUUUUUUUAAAGUUGUUUUCAUUGAUGUUUAAAUGCAUUUGAGGGUUAUCUUUUCAACCUUGAUUUAGGUUGAUACUAUGAAGUCCUUUUUAUGGAUGUUUCAACAGUGGGUUUUGCGGAAAAGAGAACCGUUGUUACAUUUCAGUGUAAAACAAUGGGAGGGCUAUAGCGGGAAUCAUCCAAAAUGAAUUGUUUUCUAAUCUAUUAUCAAAUAAAUACUAAACAA